AUGCCCGUGACUCCCCGGGGCCCUGAGCGCAGCGGGCAGCCCCGACCGUUGGGGCGAAACCUGGGGCUCUGGGGGCUCGGCCCUGACCCGGGUCCCCUAAGGAGGGAAGGUGUCCUCGGGUCCCUCUCUUGCAGGAGGUAUGUCGCUGGAGGACAGUGUAAGUCGACCGCGAGGCUGGAGGGGAAGGUGGCCAUAGUCACAGGAGCCAACACAGGCAUCGGGAAGGAGACGGCCAGAGACCUCGCCCGAAGAGGUGCGAGGGUGAUUAUUGCUUGCAGAGACAUAGCAAAGGCAGAAGCUGCAGCCAGUGAAAUCCAAGCUGAGACAGGGAACCAGCAAGUCAUUGUGAAAAAGCUGGACUUGGCUGACACGAAGUCCAUCCGGGAGUUUGCUGAGAAUUUUCUAGCAGAGGAGAAGGAACUCCAUAUUCUCAUUAAUAAUGCUGGGGUCAUGUUAUGCCCUUACUCCAAGACUGCUGAUGGCUUUGAGAUGCACCUGGGAGUCAAUCAUCUUGGUCAUUUUCUCUUGACCUUCCUAUUGCUGGAGCGUCUGAAGCAGUCUGCCCCAGCCCGCAUAGUGAACGUGUCCUCACUGGCUCAUCACGGAGGCCGAAUCCGCUUCCAUGAUCUCCAUGGUGAGAAGAGCUACAAUCGUGGCCUCGCCUACUGUCACAGCAAACUGGCUAACGUGCUCUUCACCCGGGAGCUGGCGAGGCGUCUGCAAGGCACUAAAGUCACAGCAAAUGCUCUCCAUCCUGGUUCUGUCUAUUCUGAGCUGGUCCGGCACUCAUUUGUAAUGAUAUGGCUGUGGAAGAUAUUCUCAUUCUUCUUGAAGACACCUUGGGAAGGAGCUCAGACCAGUGUCUACUGUGCGGUAGCAGAGGAGCUAGACUCUGUGACAGGACAGUAUUUCAGUGAUUGCCAGCCAGCAUACGUAUCUCCACGGGGUCGGGAUGACGAGACAGCAAAGAAGCUCUGGAGCGUGAGCUGCGAGCUCCUCGGCAUCCAGUGGGACUGAGCAGCGCAGACUUCAAGAGUCUACCUGGCUGAGCCCGGCGAUGCUUCUCCUGGGAAGAGCACUGCUGAGAGACCUCAAGACUACAACACUGAUACUUCAGCUGCCCUAAUGAUGGCUCUAUGGACAUAACCUAAUGUGACUUUCUGGAAUAUUACACUUAAGGAUUGAGAUUUGUAAGCAACCGAUCCUGCUGCCUAGCUGAAGAAUUAGAGCACCCAUGCAGGGAGAAACCUUUGCUUGGUAUUUCACAUAACAGCGAGACCCUAUUGUUCUCUGGCUUUAGAAUAGAAAUGGAGGGUGCAGUCUUAGGUUUAGAUUAUGAAGAAACAAAGAAUUACCUUCAUUUAAAGGUGGGGUGUUUUUUCCUAACAGCAAUAGUAAAAAGGUAGGAC